AUGCAACUCUUGAACCCGGCUCUUAGAGCCUUGCGGACACCCCAAAAAAUCAAGGCAGAUCCGAACAUUUCUACAACUCCGAACCUUCGACUCGUCUCACCGCAAGCUACGCAUCCUACGACUCGUCUAAGCUACUCAUCCGGGGCUGAUGGCCAAGCUCGGUCUAGGAACCUCCAGUCCGAUGGCCAAGCUGCUGGUCCCCUGGAUCAACGGGACCAGCUCACGGUCACCUUUGGCACUGGCGAGAUCACCGGUGUCUUCCUUCGGGAUGAUGUUUGCAUCGGCCAUUUGUGUGCCAACAUGGAGUUCAUCGGUGCAUCCCACGAAACGGCCGAGCCUUUCGGGUCCUUUGAUUUUGAUGGAGUGCUGGGCCUGGCAUUGCCACAGAUGACGCAAGGGACACACUUCAGCAUCAUGGACCGGAUGGAGGCGGCGGGGAACCUGCGGCACCCGAUCUUCUCGGUGUUCCUCUCGGACAGCGACGAGGAGGACUCGGAGAUCACCUUCGGCGACGUGAAGGAGGAGCGCAUGGUGGGAUCCAUGUUUUGGGUGCCGGUGUCCCGGCAGACUGGCUAUUGGCAGGUGCAGAUGGAAGACAUUGCCAUUGGCAACAAGCAGCAGAACCUGUGCUCCGAUUGCCAGGUGGCGGUGGACACGGGCACCUCAAUGCUUGCAGGGCCCAGCGCGGUCAUCGGCGAGCUGACCAAGCGGCUGAACGUGGCACCAGAUUGCUCCAACUACCAGGAAUUGCCAGAUCUGGGCUUCGUGGUGGCGGGGCAUGUGAUGAAUCUCAAACCUUCGGAUUAUGUGGACAAGUCUGCUGGCAGCUGCUCUCCCUCUCUCAUGAGCUUAGACGUGCCGCCGCCCAACGGGCCGCUCUUCAUCUUCGGCGACCCCUUCCUCCGCAAGUUCUACUCGGCCUAUGACCUGCGACGCCAUCGCGUGGGCUUCGCGGUGGCGCGGCACGUGGGGGUGCCGGAGGCGCGAGCACAGGCCGGGUCCAGUGAUGUUCGCGUACACAGGGGCCCGCAUAUAAGGCGGCUUUGGGAUUUGAUGAGGGGGACGGCUGAUUUUCUCGGAACUUUGAACUCAGUUGUCAUCAGAAAAGGUAUUCAAUCAUGUAUAUAA